UUCCCGUCGCACAGGAUAUUGGACCUUGUAUAAAUAUAGCGUACAUCAAGCGCCACCAUCAUUUUGGACUCAGGAGCGAUUGGUAAACUCUUAAGCCUUACGUUACCAGUCUAACACACGUUUGCCGAGCAAUUGUUAUAGGCCUAUCACUUUUGUUGAACCUGUAUUUGCGACAAUGCAGAUGGUAUUCCGUGCAAGUUUGUUAUUGUUAGUAGUGGUGGUAGACGUUUCCUAUGCAAAGUAUGGUUGUACCUAUGCAACUGAAUCGUAUUUUGGACCGCAAAAAUGUAAGGACAGUGAUGGAAAUGAAUACAAUGAAGGUGACACCUGGCGUACUAAGGAUUGCAAGAACUGUGAAUGCUACAAUUUCUAUCACUUGUGCUGUGAUCUGAAACCUGUAUACUAUGAUUGGAAAUCUGCUCCGAAGGGAUGUAUAGCAGAAUGGAACCCAAAGACGUGUAAGGAAGAGUUCGUUUUGGAAUCGAACCCCACAUUACCUUGUCCAUACGCUGAAGAAGAAUGGUAAUCCCCUAUUAUAUCACGCAUCGCACCACGUAACCAUGCACAUGUGACAGUAAUGAUUACUGGAUGUUGUGGCCAAUGUGAUGAGCAAGGAACACAGAGACCAGCAACCACUGAUCCAGUGCCACUAAGUUUGAUCAAUCCUUUCCUCCAUGGUUUGAUUGAUUACAUUCGUGAAACCAAGUGAAACGAAAAUUUAGGCAAAAGUAUUAUACGGGAUGGAACGUGAAUAUUUUCAAUUGCGCAAUAUCACUGUAUUCAUAAUGUUCGUACUUAUAAGAGUAUAUUGAUAAAUCAAUAUGAAUUGGUUGAACGAAUCUCUCUUUUUCUAAAGCUGUGUUGUGAGUUUGUGGAUAAGACUUCAGUCAUUUAAAAACGGCAUAAUUCUAUCCCUCACAAUAAAUUACAGAAUUUUUCCCACGAUGUAUGUUGGUCUGUAGAAUUACUGAGGUUUUGUUGCCUUUUUUUGGAAAUAGGUACCAUGGGCACAUUUCCAACAAUGCAACUGUCCUUCAGAGUGAUUGUUGUAAAUAUAGUCAAAGGAACUGUAUAAUGCAUUGACUCACCUCCCUUCAGUACCCAGGGUGAAUACUGUCAGGUCUCGAUGAUUUAGGUCCUGUUUGGUUUAUGAUUUAUUUUAAAGUAUUUAUAUUGCAAUCAGUUGAAACUGCCAUUUUAUUGAUGAUAACUUAGAUCUACUGUGUUUCCCUAAUUUAUUGAAAUACACAAUGCCCCACCCAAAGAAAAAUAUCAGAACAUAGCUGUGUUUUUUACGAUAUCAAGCUGUUUAAAAGACGAUGGCUCUCUGAGAAAAAUAAAGCAAAACAACUUAAUGAUA